UUUUUUAGGUUAGUUGACCGUUUUUUCUCCUGAAGGGACCUCCACUCAUCUGGAAUCUCUGACGGGAGAAACCAGCAUGUAUGACGCGGCGACCAACAGCUGUUCUUUCGGUCUCUCGGUAGGUCAAGUUAGCGACUUGACCACACAUUCGAGUCGCCGCUCCUCAUCGUCCGCCUCCGGCCAUCAUCACCACCAUUGCGGUGGUCAACCGCUCACCCUGCCGACCGCGCCUUGCCCUCCAUCGGUGCAGGUCAAGAUCGAAGAGUGCCUCAGCGGCACGGCGGCCGAAGAUUGGGCCGCUGGCUGCGCUUACCGCUUUGCUGCACAUGCAGGGGCUGCUCGCCGUUGUUACAUGGCUUCCGAAGACAAUGCAAAAAAUGGUGGCCCCUGCACCGCAGCCUCGACUGGGGACGUUGCCGGAUCAAACAAAGUUCUGGAUCCGGGAGGAGCUGGGGGUUUCAAUAGCGCCCUUGCUGCCAGUUUUCGAAACAGAUACCUUGGUGCCAGUGCCUUCAGUAAUUUACCGGGAACACCUGCCCUCUUUCCUGGAUCUUAUGUGACUAGCUCGGACAUGAACAAGCAAACUUUAUCCAAUGAAGCAUCUAGCGUUUUAAACAGUAAUAGUCACCCACCUCACCAUCAAAAUCAGAGCGGAAAUUUAAGUGUAGACGGGCAGGAAGUAGCUCCGAGAUCCCCACCAGUGAAUUCCUCAUCCUCUUCUACGUCAUCCAACAGAAGCAGUCACCCAGUAGAUUCGUCCAGCAAUAAAGGAAAGGGUGACAGACGAGUUGUAGUUCCAGCAGAUCCAGUGCUCUGGAAUCCAGAUCACGUGAAGCAAUGGCUAGAAUGGGCAGUAAAAGAAUAUAACCUACACGAGGUGGAUGCUGCUAGAUUCAACGUCAUUGGCCGAGAGCUAUGUCAGCUGACCCGAGAGGAUUUCAGCCGCUUGACCAAUCCUUAUAACGGAGAAGUGCUCUAUGCGCAUCUCAACUUUCUCCGCCAGACCUCAGAAGCUUCUUUGCCUCCCGCUUCCAGGGAGAAACCUCCAGUAUCUGCUCAAACUGGCUCUCCUCAGAUUUCUACAG